AUGGAAAUGAACACAGGAAACUACGAGAGAAGUGUGUCCGCACCUAUAACACCACCUUCGACGGUCAAGAAAGAGACCAAAUUCGUGGCACAUGAAAAGGUCAAGCCAAGGAGGCUAUUCAGAUCUGUUUCUAGCAAGUCGAAAUAUAGGCCCAAACCAAAUACAUGUUUAGAACUGGAUAGUGGACUAGGAAAACCGUCAGAGUCUAAAAAUCUGGAUUUACUGGCACACGUUUUACAAAAUUCACAACAAAUGGUAAUGAUCACCGGCGCAGGUAUCUCAACUCAUGCAGGAAUACAAGAUUUUAGGUCACAAAAUGGUCUGUAUAGAACUUCCACGUCUAUGAAAUCUCUUUUCGAUUACAACCAAGUAUACUCGAAUGAACAAACAACUGCCAAUUUCAACAAAUUAAUGGUCGACAUCUAUGAAAAAUCUAACAAUGCAGACCCAACACCAUUCCAUUUAUUAAUAGAUAAGAUAAAUAGGCAAGGUAGACUGAGGCGUGUCUAUACGCAGAAUAUUGACUCUAUAGAAUGGAAAUUGCUUUCUGAUCUAAAAAAUUCAAGUAAAUUGGUUCAAUUGCAUGGUACAAUACUGAAAACUAAAUGUAAUAAAUGUCAAAAAAUUGAAGAUUUUGAAACUCAGCUGUUUCCAGUAUCAGCUGAUAGUUCUCUCCCGUUGAUACCAAACUGCAAACAAUGUGAAGAAUUUGAAAUGGUACGAAGUGUCGCCGGUUUGAGAUCCAAAGGUGUUGGUAAAAUAAGGCCUAUGAUUACUUUAUAUAAUGAACCGUACCAUGAAAAUAGUGACACUUUAGCCAAAAUCAUUAAUCAUGAUUUAAAGUAUAAUAAAAUUGACUGUCUUUUGAUAGUAGGAACAACAUUAUCAAUUCAGAGUGUCAAGACGUUAGCGGUAAAUUUCACGAAAUUGAUCAAAUCUAAAGGAAGAAAAGGUUAUGUCAUAUUCAUUUCAAAUGAAAUGCCCAGUGAUAAUUUACUUAAAUUGUUUAAGGAUGGGAUUGAUUUGAUUGUUCUGGGUGAUUGUCAAAAGUUAUAUAAUUUUUUAUAG